GAGGAGUGGAAGUCCAUGUGAAUGUAAUUCUUACUUUCCAUUUCCACAGAAAUCUCGGAAGAGAAAUGGCCGUGGGAAACCAUUCUGCUGCAGCCACCUUUCUCUUAGUGGGUUUAACACAGCGGCCAGAGCUGCAACUACCUCUCCUCCUCCUCUUCCUGGGAAUCUAUCUGGUGACCGUGGUGGGGAAUCUGGGCAUGAUUCUCCUGAUAGCAGCCAGCCCUCUGCUUCACACCCCCAUGUACUACUUCCUCAGCAGUUUGUCCUUCACUGAUCUCUGCUAUUCCUCCGUCAUCACUCCCAAAAUGCUAGUGAACUUCCUAGGCCAGGAGAAUCAGGUCCUUUAUUCUGAGUGUAUGGCCCAGCUCUUUUUCUUUGUGGUCUUUGUGGUAGCUGAGGGUUACCUCCUGACUGCCAUGGCAUAUGAUCGCUAUGUAGCCAUCUGUAGCCCACUGCUUUAUAAUGUGGUCAUGUCCUCUCGGGUCUGCUCACUGCUGGUGCUGGCUGCCUUCCUCCUGGGCUUUCUCUCUGCCUUGGCUCAUACGAGUGCCAUGAUGAAACUGUCCUUCUGCAGAGCCCACAUCAUCAACCAUUACUUCUGUGAUGUCCUUCCCCUCCUCAAUCUCUCCUGCUCCAGCACACACCUCAAUGAGCUUCUGCUUUUUAUAAUUGCGGGUUUUAACACUUUGGUGCCUACCCUGGCUAUUGCCAUCUCCUAUGCCUUCAUCUUCUACAGCAUCUUCCACAUUCGGUCCUCAGAGGGCUGGUCCAAAGCUUUUGGGACUUGCGGCUCUCAUCUCAUGGCAGUGGGAAUCUUCUUUGGGUCUAUCACCUUCAUGUAUUUCAAGCCCCUUUCAAGUAAUUCCCUGGACCAGGAGAAGGUGUCCUCUGUGUUCUACACCACAGUGAUCCCCAUGCUGAACCCUUUAAUAUACAGUCUGAGGAACAAAGAUGUGAAAAAAGCAUUGAGGAAGGUCUUGGUGGGGAGAUAAGUCUUAAUUUUGGAGGUUUAUA